GGUCACCUGUGGGGAGGGACGCCCGUCAACGCUGGGACAGACUGCCACCACCCUUGUACCAAGACGCCGUGGCCCGCCGCGCUCUGCGGCCCGCGCUGCUCAGGAGCGUUUCGGUGCCGGCCGAGCCCCCCGCGCCCCCCUCCAUGGACGUCACCUACGCCGUGGUCAACAAGCCCCGCCGGGGGGGCGUGGCCGCGGGGAGAGGCCCCUCCCCCUUGGGCGGUGACCACGCCUCCUUCGGACGAGACUCCGCCCCCUCGGGCACGUGCUCGCUGCCGGGCAGCCCCGUGCGCCGCCCCUCCCCCAGCCCGGCAGGUUCCCCCAGACCCACUGAUGGCGCCUACGAGGUCGUGACCCCCCCCGCGGACCCCAGCAGCGGCCCCACCCUCGGGUUUAACUUCCGCAUCGGGAAGCCCAAGGGGCCGCGGGACCCCCCGGCCGAGUGGUCCCAGGUAUGAGGGGGGGCGAACCCCAGAGCCCCCCCAUAGAGGAGAACCCGGCCGCUCCUCCCAGAGCCUGACAUACAGAAAAAAACAUUUAUUAUAACAAAUAAAAAAACGAU